AAUAAUGCUUUACACGUUCAUAGGCUCUAUAAUUGCAAAUAUAUACAUACAUAUAGAUACACAAAUAUAUUCAUGCAAUAUAUAUAUAUCAUAAUUUUUUCUAAUAAAUCUCGUUGUCGCAUAACCCCACCACAAUCCCACAAACCAACAAACACCUUCUUCCUCUUUGGUUCACGCAUUUUAUCAGUAAGUUAUUGUGCAGAUAUUUGAGGUAUAAUAAAUCCAAACAUUGAAGAAGAAUGUCCAUCUCUGAAACCUCAUCCUCUCCCGAUCACCAACUCCCACUCCCCUCGCAUACGAUUCAACUGGUCUCCAAAUCCGUUUCGGACAAACUCCUCUCCAAAUUCUACGACGCCUCCGAAUUCGGCUUCGACUACGCGCAGAGCGGGCUGUGGUCUCCUCCCGUUCAAAGAAGCGUGUUUCUCGAUUCUCCCGGCCAUAUUUUCACGGACCACGACAUGGCCCUCAAGCUUAGAAGCGCGCUCCAGAUGCAUCAGAGGCGAAGGUCUCGUCUAUCCUUCAAUGCUUGUUUGUGCUCUCCGAAGAGAUUCUGAAAAGUUGGAGUUUGGGAUUUUUAUUUUUGGAAGUGGUAGUGUAUUGGUGCUGUGAUGGGAAUUGUACGAUAGUUCUUUUUGUGUAAAAAAAUAUAAUAUCACCUUCUCAUGUUAUGUUAA